AUGGCAGUUGAGCACGGAGAUCCAGUGACUGAUGGCGUCGUAAAGGCCUCAGUCCUGCAUGGAGUGAAGGAGUUAAAGAUAGAACAUCGCCAGCUGGGAAGACCAGCGCCUUCGGAAGUCCAGGUCGCAGUCCAAGCUACUGGCCUCUGCGGAUCCGAUCUUCAUUAUUUCAAUCACUAUCGAAACGGAGACAUAAUAGUCCGGGAACCUCUGACUCUGGGUCAUGAAUCUUCUGGUGUGGUUACUGAAGUUGGCUCAGAAGUCACCAAUCUCAAAGUGGGGGAUAGGGUAGCUCUCGAGGUGGGACUGCCCUGCCUCGAAUGCGAGCUCUGCAAGACAGGACGUUACAACAUCUGCAAGUCUCUGAGAUUUAGGAGCUCUGCAAAAUCCUUCCCACACUUUCAGGGGACGCUCCAAGAAAGAAUAAACCACCCGGCGGUAUACUGUCAUAAACUACCUCCAAAUGUAUCUGAAGAGCUUGGUGCUAUCCUCGAACCACUUGGGGUUGCAAUUCAUGCUUCACGGCGAGCAUCAUUAAAGCCCAAUAGCACAGUGCUCAUUUUUGGUGCUGGCGCAGUAGGGCUUCUCUGCGCUGCCAUGUGCAAAGUUUCAGGAGCCAAGACAGUCAUCAUAGCAGAUAUCCAAGCCGACAGAGUAGAAUUUGCCGUCCAGAACAAGUUUGCAGAUGCGAAGAUCGUGGUCCCUAUGAAGAGAUUUGAGGCAAUCGAGGACAAAUUAAACUUUGCGAAGGAAGUUGCGGAGCUUGUGAAGGAGGCGUCUGAUAUUGGGGAAGUGGAUGCAGUGUUUGAAUGCACAGGAGUUGAAUCUUGCCUUCAAGCUUCAAUAUACUCCACCAGACCUGGAGGGCGCAUUAUGUUGAUCGGGAUGGGGAGUCCAAUCCAGACACUACCAAUAUCAGCAGCGGCACUUAGGGAAGUCGACCUCGUGGGGGUUUUCAGAUACGCAAAUACAUACGAUGAUGCAAUCAAGAUUGUCUCAAGUGGCAAUCCACUACUUCCAGACCUCUCGAAGCUUGUCACACAGAGGUUUAAGGGGUUCGAAAGGAUACCAGAUGCCUUUGCAAUGGCAGGGAGAGUCAAAGAUGAUGAAGGGAAGUUGGUGCUCAAAGUCCUUGUUGACACGGAAAGCUCAUAG